GAGGGAAAGUGAAAGUGUUGUGUUAUGUGCGCUGGGAGUUUUAGGGGAAGUCUGUUAUUGUGUGUUGUUCAUUUGGAGACAGCAAAAGCAGCAGAAAGUCGCUGAUUUAACAGCUAAAAGGAGCCAUGAAGGAUCUUUCCACCAUCUAUAAACUGUCUGUGAUUGCGUUUGCUCUGCUGGGUGAUGUGUGUAGUUCAAGAUGCUCGGUGCUGGAGUGCUGGUUUGUUCAGGAAAGGCCGGGUGGUGGAGGUUUCUCAGCGGGAAUGAGCCAGGAGAAAUCUGCGCUGUACAUCAGAACCGACCCCGACAGCGAGAAGAUUGAGCAUAAACCUCCAUCAGACAUCACUCCCUCCAGAAUUUACUACGUGUCUGAUCCUGCGUCCACCUUCUGCAGCUCUGCCCUCCAUCCACCAGAGGGCUCUGUGAACAAACCGCAGUGUGAGAUAAACCCUUUCACCCCUCAAGCCUCCAUGGUCAAAUGGGCCGCCCCUCUCACCUCCUCCGCUCAAAGCCCCAUCUACCUGAGCGCCGACUGGUUUUCUGUAUCAGCACAAGGUCUUAACGGAGAACUGACGCUGGCGAAUGUGAUGCGGGCGCCGACUGGCUCUAAAGAGCCGAGCGUAAUCCUCAGCGUCUCCAGUAAAACCUCCACCGUCCGGUCCAGACUCGGGGAUCCGGUUGUCCUGGACUGUGGCUUCUGGGUCGACCCGUCUUCACCGCUGCAUGGUUCUGGCUUCGCUGUGGAGUGGCGCUACCAGUUCCGGGGUGAAGGCAGGCUGGUCGUGGCCUACGACGGGAAGAACGAUCGCUUCGCCGAGACGUCAGAGACAGAUGCUGACUUGGACAUCGUGGGUCUUUACGAGACAGGAAACGCAUCACUGGUUCUGAAAGAAGCCCAAGUGAGGCAUGCUGGGACGUACAUCUGCACCGUUUACCUUCCUCACCUUCUGGCUCAGGUGGCCUUAGAGCUGGAGAUAGUGGAGCCUCCAGUGCUGGCGGUGUACCCCUCCCCUCUGCCGCUGUCUGUCCCGGGGCAGGUGGUGACGGUCCACUGCGAGGCCUCCGGUUUCUAUUCCCUGUCUCUGGACCUGGACUGGGAGUUCACUGACGCUGAGGGGAAGAAGCGCUCGCUCGGUCAGGGCAGCGUGACGGGCCACAGGCAGGCCAGAGACGGCACCUACAGCCAGAGCUCUCGCCUAGAGCUCGACUCGUUUAAACUGGGACUCGGGCGAGGCGGAGAGGUCAGCUGCGUAGCCAAACACCAGGGAGGAUCUCGACGGGCCACUGUGACUCUGAAUGUCAUCGGUGUCAGUGCUCCGUCUAUCGAGGACUCCAUGGCCAUGGUCGCUGUGGCUCUUGUACUUUACGGUGUCAUAAAGGUCCUUUUCUGGACUUUCAGCUCUAACGGCACAAGCAAUGGGGACUCCAGUGAUAAGAAGGAAAAAUAAUCGUGGAGCUCGUCAUGUCCUGCUGGACGUCUCCUGCUGGAUGUCUCCUGCUGGACGUCUCUUCAGUCUGCAGAGAGAAAUGAAAACACUGUAAAUAAUCAUCUGUGAAUGCAUGUACACCUUCUGAUUUGUCCUUUUAAAAAACAAAAAGUUUUCAUUGUCCCUGUAGCUUUGAUUCGGACUUGAAAUGAAGUUUGUGAAUGUUUAAAUGUUUAAAAUGAAACACAAACUGUGCAGUUACUUGUGCCGGGUGUUUGAGGAUUCCUUGCUGUGAAUUUGUAAUUUAAAAAAAAAGGAUAUGGCUAUAACAUGCUUCGAACUAUUUUAUUAAAAUGCUCUACUGUCUAGAAGAGUUUAAUAUUAAUAGUAUCGUAUGGUACUUUUCUAACAUAAAAUGGUAAAAAAUUAA